AUGGCUGCCAUGUUCAGGUCUAUCCCACAGGUCUUUAGGGGCCAUCAAUGUGCAUCAUUCCUUCUCUCAGCAAGAAUGUUCAGCAAAAAAGCAGAUGAGAAACUUGCCCUGGCUGAUAAAGUGGCUGUGGUCACUGGCUCUACAAAAGGGAUUGGUUUUGCCAUCGCCCGGCGUCUGGCCCAGGAUGGGGCGCAUGUGGUCAUCAGCAGCCGGAAGCAACAGAAUGUGGACCGAGCUGUGGCCGUAUUGAAGGAGGAGGGGCUGAGUGUGACGGGCACUGUGUGCCAUGUGGGGAAGGCUGAGGACCGCCAGCACCUUGUGGCCACAGCCCUGGGACACUCUGGGGGUGUUGACUUCCUGGUGUGUGUGGCAGGAGUCAAUCCUUUGGUAGGAAGCACCCUGGGAGCCAGUGAACAGAUCUGGGACAAGAUCCUGGAUGUGAAUGUGAAGGCCCCAGCCCUGCUGCUGAGCCGGCUGCUGCCCCACAUGGAGAAGAGGGGGGGAAGCUCUGUUGUUCUGGUAUCCUCUGCAGUGGCUUAUCUCCCAGUGCCGAAACUGGGCGCCUACAACACCAGCAAGACGGCUCUGCUGGGCCUCUGCAGGUCUCUGGCUGUGGAGCUGGCUCCGAAAGGCAUCAGGGUGAACUGCAUAGUGCCGGGAGUCAUCAAGACGGACUUUGGCCUGGGGGAGAAGACAUUGCCGAACAUGCGGCCUGAGUUGAAUAAAAUCUACGGACUGCAGCGGUUAGGGGAGCCAGAAGACUGUGCCGGGAUUGUAUCUUUCCUAUGCUCCUCAGAUGCCAGCUACAUCACCGGGGAGAACAUCACGGUAGCUGGCUUCUCCCCUAGACUGUGAAAAGAGCGUGGCUUAGAGACUGGCUGGAGGUCCUCGGGAAAACAGAGGGCUUGGCGGGGUAUAGUAGAUGAAGAACCUUAGCAUGUGCGUGGGGUCCAGGUCAUACAGGGAACACCUACUUAAAAAUGGUGAGGGAAGGCCGGUGUUUAAAGUUUUCAUUUGGAAUAAAUGUGU